ACGCUCACUUCACAGCGCUGGAGGCACCGUUCUGAGAGACGGUGAUUAACCCUCCCCACCCCCCUCCACCUUUUCCUACCUGUGCUUGUCUGGACUGGUGUGUGUAGAGAAGAGAGAGUGAGAGAGAUUUUCUUCAGUACUUUCGUGUCUGCUGUCUAAAGACCCAGUACGUACAGAGAGAAGGGCAAGCAGCUCAUCUGAGGAAUUAUCUGCUAGUACCUUCUGUGUGUAUGUGUGUGUUAGUUUCCAUUGCGAGAAGCUGAAGACUCCUAUUUUGGGAUUACGAGACAGACUUUUGGAGGAAACUGCUUAUUUGAAAAGAAUUCUGGUGCAGGAAUACCAGCUUUGUUCGCAUGACACCCAAUUCUUGGGUUAGCAAGUGAGUAGAAUUUUAUUAUGUGUGGGUGAGAUGUCUAAGGAAUUCGAGUGGCCUGCUGAUGGAAAACACUAAUAUUGCAGACGGACACUAAAACUAUGUGCCUUUAAGAUUCUACUGUAAACUCUGAAUUAGGACUAGCAUCUUCUGGGGACACAAGCACUACUACCCUGUUAUUUGCUGCAUGUGUAUGUGUGCGAGAGAGUAGUCAAGCAUGUCCAAACCAUCCCGUCUGGCACGGCCACCCUCGGCGACUCCUGGCUCCAAGCUGCCAUCACCUCACCGUGACAGACCGGCAGCCCGUCCCAGAACAUCCCAGGAAGAGAAGUUGAUGCAGACAGGCAGUGAGGGCAACCUGUCACACCACAGCACAGUGGCCAAUGGCGCAACACAAGCACACAAGAAGGGCGAGGAGGAGGCCAGCCAACGUAAGAUCAGAGGCAACCCACCCAAAGGGGUCAUGGCAACAGUAACUCAACAACCAGGUGCCCAUCACAAGCCACUAAAGGGAAAUCUGAAGGUGACCUCUCCAGAGGACGCUGAGCACCUACAUCGCAAGCAAACUGUGGGGGACACUGCCUCAGCUGGAUCAUCCUCUAACAGCCCAGGGAUACGCAGAGACCCUAAAGGAAGCCGGCCGGGAGUUCCCCGCCGACACACAGUGGGAGGAGCGCGGAGCUCGCGAGAAAUACUAGCCAUGCAGCCCUCUGAAAUGGACAAGAAGAGAGAGGCCUUCCUGGAGCACCUGAAGCAGAAGUACCCCCACCACGCCUCAGCCAUCAUGGGCCACCAGGAGAGACUGCGAGAACAGACCCGGAGCCCUAAGCAGGGUGCAGCAGUGUGCCUGUGCCCCAGUCCCGUACCCUCUUGUGGGGAGCAGUUGGAGCAGGGCUCUCUGUCCUCACUCGACUCUCUGGAGGUCAUGUCAGAGUGUGACGCCCCACUGGGCUUCACCCGUGGUACACGCUCCCGGGCUAGCCUGCCUGUGGUGCGCACCGCCAACCAGACAAAGGACCGCUCACUUGGUGUAUUGUAUCUGCAGUAUGGUGAUGACAUGAAGCAGAUUCGGAUGCCUAAUGAGAUAACAAGUGCAGAUACAGUUCGAGCUCUAUUUGUCAGUGCCUUCCCUCUGCAGCUUAGCAUGAAGAUGCUUGAAUCCCCCAGCACGGCCAUCUACGUCAAAGAUGACAUGAGGAACAUGUACUAUGAGCUCAGUGACAUCAGGAGUAUCACAGACCAGGCCUGUCUCAAGGUGUACCACAAGGACCCUGUACAUGCCUUUAACCAUGGAGCCCGGCCCAACAACGGAGAUCCCAGGAUGCACAAAGAGGUAGUGUAUGUAGGCCCUCCCCUAUUGAGACAGCACUCGCUGGGCCCCUCUCUGCCCCAUACCAUGCAGGGUUCAAUGCCCCCCCCUACGCCUCACUCCAUGCCACCAUCGCCCUCACGCAUCCCAUUCGGUCCUCGAGUCUCAGGCGGAGCCACAACCAUGCCCCGGGAGAGGUCAGGGCACAACUUGGCCACAACCACCCGCUCUGCUUCGCCCUGCCCAAGCGCUAUUCUGGAGAGACGUGAUGUGAAGCCAGAUGAAGACGUAGCUGCCAAGAGCAUGUCGCUGCCGGCACGUGGUGAAGGCCUUUAUGCUGACCCCUACAUGAUGCAACAUCCGGACAUGGUUGACCAUGCUUACCAUCGCAGCCCUGUCCGCCCCUAUGGCCCCACAGGGAAACCUACAGAGCCAGUGGAACAUCCCUCACUGUUCCGACAAAAGAGUAGGAAGCACGCAGACAGCCAAUUGCCCACACUAGGCUCCAAGACUCCACCCCCUUCACCACACAGGAUGGGAGAGAUGAGGGUGAUGGACAUUCAUGGUAGCCAAUCACAAGCAGCUCCCCUGGAAAGGUCCUCACCUAUCAGGCAGUCUUUCAGAAAGGAAGCACCUGUCAAUGUGGAGAUGGUGGUGAAGGGCAGGAGUGUCAUGGCAUCCCCCGGCACCCCUGACCUUCAAUCCCACUGUCCUCUGGUCCCAUCUCCUGACCCUCAGACACGAGAGAGAAUGAAGGCUAUGGAGGAGCAGCUGGCCAGUCUGACUGGCCUUGUGCAGCAUGCUCUCCUACAGAGCCCAAGCGUUAAUGGCUGCAGCAGCAGGGAGCAGGCCAGUGAUCGGUCAGUAAAGUCGGGGUCACCCGUUCACAGCACAUCCAGCCCAGGAGACUCUCCGGUGCUUGGUCCCAAAAAUGCUAUAAACCCCCCUGAAAGAAGCCCAGCCUCAACUUCGCCCAUCAGCUCUGCCCCCCUACAGGUGAAUCUCCUCCAGUUGAGGAAAAAUGUCUCAGAGCUCCGUGUCCAGAUGCAGCAGAUGAGACAGCUACAGUUGCAGACUCAGGACUGUGUGCGUGCUCAGAUCAAGCAAGCAGAGCAGGAACUCAGCGUACGAUUGGCUGAAGCUUUGAGACGGCAGGAGGACCCUGCACACAAACAGAGAAUGCUUGUGGAGGAAGAGAGACACAAAUAUCUCUGCAUGGAGGAGAGAGUUCUCACAGAGUUAGGUGAUCUGGAGAACUACGUAGAGUCUCUGCAGAGAGAUUCAAGCUCAGGUGUAGCUCUGAGAGUGGUCACUCUGAAGGAAGUAGAGGAAGGAGCAGUCAGCCUGAGGAAGGUUGGGGAAAGCCUGGCAGGACUCAAAGGAGAGUUUCCAGCUCUGCAGGCACGCAUGCGGGCUGUUCUUCGAGUGGAGGUGGAGGCUGUGAAGUUUCUGAAGGAAGAACCACACAAGCUGGACAGCAUGUUGAAGAGAGUCAAAACACUCACAGACUCCCUCAACACUCUGCGCAGGUGCACCACAGAGGGCUUGCUAAAACCCUCAGAUCCUGCUACCACAGCAGAUGGCAUAGAGUUGGGGCCUCCCUCUGAUAUCCAGGAUUCAGCGAGUAUGCCCCUCAUUGAGUCACAGAGCUCCUCUGUAAGGUCAGAGGUCAUUAACUCCAACCCAAUGGUCAUUCACCACGCCCAGAGUUCCCCAGUGCCUCCUUGUCAGUCCCAGCAUUCAAUUGCACCCUCCACAUCCACUUCUGAACUACCCUACCAGACCCACGAGUUCAUCUCUUCAUCCACAAUGCAAUCGGGCAGCGCUGGGCAGCUCAGAAAGUCCAGCCUGUCACAGCCAGAGUUCGCGCCACCAUCAAGCAAUAUCGGCAUUGGAGUGAGUGACAGUGGGGCAUCUCCGAGCUUGUUUAUUGAGGAGAUCACCAGUUAUAGCAAGGGCAAAAACAGAGCCACGUCUAUAGAGGCUGCUGAGAGAGAGUGGGAAGAAAAGAGACAGAACAUGGGUCAUUAUGAUGGGCAGGAGUUUCAGAAGAUGCUACAGGAAGCAGAAGCCAACAUGAUGAGAGGAAUACCUAGUCUAGAGGUAGCAAAUGAAGGAGACAGAAUGCAGAAACAUGCUGCAGUGCAUCCUGCUGUCUUAGAGGAGGUGGUAGAGAAACCAGAGCCUUCUGCGCUUCCAGCACACGAGGACAGUCAGCCUGAGUCUCCCACUUCUGAGAAGCCCACUAAGACAAGUCCAGAAAAAGCCCCCAAGCCCCACCUAGGAAAAGCACCUAAAGCAGCAGCUCUGGAUAAGCCUCCUAAACCCAGCAUAACAGCAAAAGCAAGCCUGGAGAGAGCAACGAAGCUUCAAGACAAAACAGCCAAACUGUGCCAGGGCUCAGAUAUGGCCAACAAGUCGCCACCUCCACCUCCACCUCGCAGAAAUUACCCUACCACUACACACUCAGGACAGGUUACCUGCACCAGCAGGAAGGAGUCUAGUACUGCACAGGAAGGUGAAGGGAAGCCUCUGCCUAAACUAAAGAGCCCUCCAGAGACAAAGCCCAAGCCAUGUACACCGCCCCCCUUCACUGCAUCUGCUAUCCCAGAAGAGAAUGAAGGGGAUAAGAUAAUGGCUGAGUUACAGGUUUUCCAGAAGUGCUCUAAUAAGGAUAUAGGGGUCAAAGGUUUGGUAGAGCCACAAAUCAAAGAGCUAAGACUUGGGGCCUUACUGCCCCUCAAAGAUAAGAAGCAGAAUACAGAAAUCCUGGAAGACAAAGAUCUGGUCACAGAUGAAAAUGGCAACAGCACUGUUCGUCAAAGUCCAGGGGUCAUCUACUAUGUCACAGCGCAGAUUACAAAGGACACAUCAGAGGAUACAACAGACCAUAGACUGGCUUCGCAGCCAACCCCAUCUCAGGUCUCAUAUGUCAAUACUUCUGACAAAUCCCAAAACCAGCUGCAGGUAUCCACAGAUGGCACUUCGGGUAUCCCAAAGAACAAAGAUUCAGACAACACCCCCAGCCUUCCUAAUGCAUUGCCUUGUAAACAGCACACUCGUUCAAGUUCGCUGAAGUCAAAACCCCAGUCUCCAACAGAAGGAUCUGUGUUGGGCCUGUUUGGCCCUACACAGGGCAAGGUCCAUGUGGUCAAGGCUCCACAAGUCCAAGUUAGCGUAGAAGAGAGGGUGGAGUCUCCAACUGCAAUUUGCUUACCAGCUUCACUAGGGGGUCUUGACCCAUUCCUUUUCCAGGCAAGUGCAAAUCCUGAUGAAUUGAAUUCUGCAAAUCAGCAGCUUGUGCUUGAUUCAUCCAAGACUAGAGAGAGAAAAUAUGAAGAAGUGGAAGAUGACUGUGAGACCUUUCUUAGUCCUGACUUGCCAGGAGCUGAGCCUCCACCUCCGCCUCCGCCUGAUAAUAUUGCCUUCAUGAUCACGAACACCAAAGUGCAGGCUUUGUCCACUGGAGAGUACCAAAAACUUGUCAAUGCCAAUAGAGGCAAUGUGCAAACUGUGACUGUAGGCAACAAACCACAGACAAAACAAGCGAGUGACAUGGUUUCUGGAAAUGUCACUAAAAGCAAUAGGCAAGGAGAUGUAGAAAACAGUGAAUUAAGUAAAAAGCCUGUCAUUAUCAUUUUUGAUGAGCCCAUGGACAUCCGCUCAGCCUACAAACGCCUCUCCACCAUCUUUGAGUGUGAAGAGGAGCUGGAGAGGAUGUUAGCAGAAGAAAAGAUAGAGGAGGAAAGUGAGGAAAAUGAAGAUGAGAAGGAAGGAGACAUAAGAGAGCAGGUAAAGGGGGAUAUGAGGGAUUCUGGAAAGGCAUCAAGUGAGACAAACUCUUUCCUGGUCCCUAGAGACCAUGGUAACAUCUUUUCAUCAUUACCAAUGUUGUCUGAUGGGGCAAUGCCAACAGAGGUAAAUACAGAUUUCAAACAAGAUGCUAAGAAGAAGUUCAAGUUUAAAUUUCCUAAAAAGCAGCUUGCAGCCCUGACACAAGCCAUCCGGACAGGUACCAAGACAGGCAAGAAAACUUUGCAGGUCGUAGUCUAUGAGGAUGAAGAGGAGUCAGAUGGUACUAUUAAACAACACACAGAAACCAAGAGGUUUGAAAUUGCUCUCUCUAAACAAGAGUCAUCAACAUCAGAAUCAACCCCUCAGGAAUCUCUUGGACGGACUGAAGAAAUCAGAAAGAGCACUUACAAGACCCUUGAUAGCCUUGAACAGACUAUCAAACAACUGGAGACCACCAUUUGUGAAAUGGGACCAAAGUCUUCAGAGGACCUGCACUCCUCUGAAUACUCAAAAACUCAGAGCAGUCAGGGUGAAGAGGCUUCUGAUAAAGGAAUUCCUCAGAAAACUUUGGUUCCCAAACCCUCCAGCAAAGGUCCCAUCCUUCGGAAGAAGCCCAAACCUCAACUGCUUCCUCAGGCUGCUGAAAGCCCCACAGCAGGCAUGUCCAUCACAGCGGCUCCUACUCAGCAGAACACCAGCGUGGCCUCACCUACUAGUCGGAUGCCAGUGCCCGUGUCUGGCAAGACCAGGCAGCAGCCGGGUACCUCAGACAGAGAGAGGGCAGCAAAACAGCAAAAGCUACAGGACUCACAGAGGCAAUUCCGCCAGGCUAACGGAAGUGCUAAGAGAUCUGGAGGAGAUCCCAAAUCCACUUCCCCUACCUUGCCUGCCUCUAAAAUCCCAGCUUUUUCCUCUAGCAUAGGAAAAGGUGCUUCCCAAUCUGAUGCUACUAACCCAUUAAACUCCUCCUCUAUCAUCCCUCCUUUUUCUUCCUCCAACAAGUCUUCCAUUCCCACCCCUCGCUCAAUCCCUGCCCCUUCCUCACAGAUUCCCUCCCUCACUAAUGGUUCCCUAAAGCUUGGUCCACCCCCUCAUAGUACUAAAGGCCUCUCCUUGUCCACUCAGACCCAAAAUGGCCGACCUCCCUCCUCCUCCUCCCCUUCCCACUCUCCUUUGUCCCCCACCUUGUUGACUCAGGGUGCGAAGAGCAUCCGAACCAUACAUACACCCAGCUUUGUCAGUUACAGUCGGCCACACAACGGGAGUGCUGGAAAGUCAGCUAUCCCCAUGGCAACAGUUGCUAAGGACGCUUCAUAGAACGCUCAGCCACUCUGCUAUCCUUUACUCAGCAUUGCUCCUCAUUUUGCACGAAUUGUUGUUUUUAUUAUGAUUAUUUUGCUGUUCUGUUGCAUCUAGUGUUCAGAGUGCACACAGAGUGUUUGGUUUCUGGCUGUUUAUGCUGUUGCUUAUCCAUACAGUACUUUUAUAUUGCAUAUUUGCAAUCAUCAACCCAUUUUGAACUUAAAUUUCAAGGAAAUAAUCCUGACAAUGAAAUAUAAUGAAAAAAAUACUGACAGUUUACACACUGAAGAAGAAACGUGUUCAAGAGAGUUUGUUCACAGUGUGAUUUUGGAUUAUUCAGUUUCCUACAUUUGAAUUAUAUUAAAAAUAUAUUUUAUUAUCAAGACAAAAGCCUAAGAGUUCUAGAAUAAAAUGUGUAAAAUAAUGAGUACUUUGCCCUGAAUACAGUUGGGUGAUUGUACUAUAUAUUGAUCUUUUUUUUUCUUAAACAUUGGUUGCAGCCAUAGUGUUACCUUUGCAGAUGGACAUUUUCUUAACUGACAUUUUAUGUUGUUUUCAAUUUCACUGCCAUUGUCUUUUCAGAUGUUAUUAUGAAAUGACAGCAUCACAAUGAGUGAUGCCUAGUCUAUUCAAUAGGUGCCAAAAGUUAUUUGAAUUUUCCAUCCAUUGUUCAGAAACAUUGAAUAUACUAUGUUAGAGAUUCAAGAUGUAUAUUUAGGAUGGGUUGUUCCCAAGAGAAUCUACAAUAAUAUCUGCAAUAACUUAGUGGAAGACUACAGCUCUUAAGUUAAUAAAAAAUCAAUGUCUAGGUAUAUGCUUAAAUGAUAGUGAUCAAUGAUACUGUUCUGUAUUCCCCAUGUAUAUAAAUGUAACUGCUCUUAAGAGAUUUAGUUUAGAUUUGUUAACAUAAUGUACCAAAGUUGGUUUCUAUGCAUGCCUUUCUGCAAUGGUAGAUAAAUUAUGUAAAAUGAUGAGCUAAAAUGCUUGCAGAUAUGUUUUGUAAAUAAAUAUAUUUACUCUGGAUGUGUGAAGCUUUAAAGACUACAGCAGCAAAGAGCGGGGGAAAGACUUUGUACGUGUGAGGACAAUAAACAUCUGCAUGUUUGU